AUGUCCUCCACAACUGCUCCCAGCGCCGCGGUGACCUCCUCCCGUGAAGCCUUCGGUGCAGGCCAAUCCCAGCAAGGAAUCAGUCUGGUGGCCUUCCUUACUGCGUUGGCCACGGCCUUGGUUAUCUUUGGCAUCCAGAUGUUGGCAUUUCUGCUGCUGAGGAACCGACUGGCACGCAUCUUCAAACCAAAAACCUACCUCGUACCAGAAAAAGAACGAACAGAUCCUCCGCCCAGGACGCCAUGGGGUUGGCUGGUAGCUAUUUUCCGAUUUACAGACCGAGAAGUGAUCAACAAAUGCGGUCUUGAUGCCUACUUCUUCCUGCGAUAUCUCCAGACGCUCCUCGUCAUCUUCUUGCCCAUGGCUGCGAUCAUACUCCCGAUCCUGAUUCCCCUUAACUACGUUGGUGGCCGAGGUUCACACUAUGAGGAAGAUGUCAAGGCGGCAGGUGGUAAUGUGACCUCCACAACUAUCGACGUGAAAGGAUUGGAUGCUCUGGCCUGGGGAAAUAUACGGCCAACACAUACCCGUCGGUAUUGGGCGCAUCUGGUCCUUGCGAUACUCGUUAUCAUCUGGGUCUGCGGCGUAUUCUUUACGGAGAUGAGGGUUUACAUUAAGGUUCGACAGGAUUACCUGACAUCAGCGGAGCAUCGUCUGAAGGCUUCAGCAACUACAGUACUUGUCAGUUCUAUUCCAUCGAAGUGGCUUACUCAAGAAGCGCUGGCUGGGCUGUACGACGUUUUCCCUGGAGGAAUUCGAAAUAUCUGGAUCAAUCGUGAUUUUGAUGAAUUGCUAGAGAAGAUCAAGGAGCGAGACAAGAUACAUAUUAGGCUAGAAGAGGCUGAGACGGAGCUUAUACGAAAGGCUAAGAGGGCCCAGAAGAAGCAAUUGGCAAAAGACGAGAAGCAUCUGGCGAAAGAGGCUCGUCAGCCUCAGACGAAGGCGCAAAAGACCCAAAGAUUAAAAGAAGAGAAUGCGAAGGCUGAUCAAAUGGCCCAAGCAGGAGGAGUGAGCAACGCCGAUCCCAACCAUCAGGUGCCUCAUACCCUUGAGGAUGCUAUUGACGAAGAGGAAGAGAGAGCGAGAGAGCAAGGUAUGGAAAACGGGGUCCAUACCGACGGUCAGACCAACUGCCAGGUAAACAGAAGCAAAAGCUACAGAGUUCCUCUGAUCGGAAACGGCCUCGCCGCCGUCGGGCAGGGCUUAGGUAAAGGCUUUCAAACAUUUGGCAAGGUGGGCGAUACCGUUAUUGAUGGAGCUCGAAAUGUCGGGAGAGACUUGAGUGACCAAGUUGAAACUACAAAUGGGUUCCUUGCCAUGGAUGCACGAUCGAUAGCAGAAGACGAUCCGUAUGAUCAGUAUGGACGUUACCGUGGAAAUGCAGCUUUCAGGCAGGCCGCUGCAGCUGCCGCUGACGAUGUGCAGGGGCGGGACCAGUCACCCACCUCAUCAAGGGUUGCUGGAAACCAUGCACAGGAUACGGCAUACAGAGGCAAUAAAACCCGACAAGACCAUGGAUUGGACGGCACCACCGAUUACGAGGGCCGCGGAUGGGAGUUCUUGAGAUUCUGGAGACCACCUGCGGGAGGAUUUGCUUCACCAGUGCCAACAGGAUACGAGGAAGGUGACGGAUUCCCGUUUGCCCAAGAUGGUGGCGGGUCUGUAUCCAAGGGAACAGGUCAAGACGAGAAGAAGUCAUUUGUGGCAAAGGUCAAAUCCGCUAUACCAUUUCUCGGCGGGCAGGAAGAACAACACUAUCCAGUGGCAUACAACGAGGAGUACAGAGAAGAUGCACAAGGUGCCGCCUGGGAAAGAUACUUGAAGGAAAAAGAUCGACCGACUCACAAGAAUCCGAAGCUCAGUUGGUGGCCUGGCUGGCUUACCUGGAUACCAUUCACAGGCACUAAAGUAGACUCGAUCUACUGGUGCCGAGGAGAAUUGGCCCGCCUGAACCUGGAAAUUGAGAUGGACCAGAAGCACCCGGAACGUUUCCCCUUGAUGAGUUCCGCAUUUAUUCAAUUCAACCACCAAGUCGCUGCACACAUGGCCUGCCAGGCUGUCACCCAUCAUGUACCGAAGCAAAUGGCUCCAAGAACUGUUGAGAUCUCCCCUAAGGAUGUUAUCUGGGACAAUAUGUCUAUCAAAUGGUGGGAGGCUUGGUUCAGAACCGCUGUCGUUCUCGGGAUUGUGAUUGGCAUGGUGGUGCUCUGGACAUUUCCUGUUGCUUGGACUGCUUCGCUUGCCCAGAUUGAAGGAUUGGCGCUCAAGUACAAAUGGCUGAAAUGGUUGACGAGGAUCCCACGCAGAGUCCUCCAAGCUGUUGCGGGUGUACUGCCAGCUCUUACUCUCGGUAUCCUGCUCGCCUUGGUACCGGUGAUACUGAAGUAUCUGGCCACUGUCCAAGGAGCACAAACAGGUGUGGCGAAACAGCGAUCCGUCCAGAAUUACUACUUUACAUUCUUGUUUGUACAAGUUUUCCUAGUUGUCUCUAUAUCUGGAGGUGCACUGGCAGCACUUGGCUCCGCAACAGAUAUCACCUCCAUUCCCUCGACCCUCGCGACCAACCUUCCGAAGGCCGCCAAUUACUUUUUCUCCUACAUGAUUCUUCAAGCUCUGUCUACGAGUUCUGGAACACUGCUGCAAAUCGCUACUCUGAUCAUGUGGUACAUACUCCCAAAGAUCUUUGAUAACACUCCCAGACAGAAGUGGAAGCGGAACACGACUCUGCCAACCGUCACCUGGGGUACAUUCUUUCCCGUCUACACCAACUUUGCCUGCAUUGCCAUCAUUUACAGCAUUGUUUCUCCCAUCAUCAUCAUUUUCGCCUUGAUCACAUUCUCAUUGCUGUGGAUUGCUCAUCGGUACAAUAUGCUUUACGUCUCUCGCUUCGAAAUCGACACUGGUGGACUGCUAUACCCUCGGGCCAUCAACCAAACUUUCACGGGUCUCUAUGUCAUGGAGCUUUGUAUGUUCGGUCUGUUCCUUUUGGUCAGGGACGAUGGUGGUGACCCCACAUGUAUCCCGCAAGCAUUUAUUAUGCUCGUUGUUUCAAUUUUUACGGUUCUCUACCAAGUCUUGCUCAACAGUUCCUUCGGCCCUCUUCUUCACUACCUGCCUGUUACCUUCGAAGACGAAGCCGUUCUUCGAGACCAAGCCUUUGAAAGAGCCCAAGCCCGUCGCCUUGGUCUUGUCGGAAAUGAAGAAGAGGAAGAAGCCGACAUAGCUCAACACGAUGGCGCCAUCGAAAUGUCCAGACUGAACUCGACUAGCCGGCGCUCCAAGUUUAACCCCAUCAAUAUAGCUCAAGGAGCAGGCAGCUGGGCCGCCGAAUCCGGACGCCAGCUUAAGAACAAGGCCGGCCUUGGGCACGAUACCAGCGCUGAUGGUAACCACGAACACGGAGUCUCUCAACGUCCCCAUCGCCGCAAGCGCCAAAGUGACAUUGAAGCCCAGCAAAAGAUCGCUAAUGCUCUGUAUGGAGGCUAUCACGACGAAAUCGAGGACCUGACGCCUGAUGAGAGAGAUGUGCUUGUUAGACACGCUUUCCAGCACUAUGCUCUGCGGGCUCGGAAGCCUACUGUCUGGAUUCCGAGAGAUGAUAUUGGGGUCAGCGACGAUGAGGUAAACAGGACGAGAGAGUUUGCGGGCACCAAUAUUUUGAUUAGUAAUAUUGGGGCCGCGUUGGAUGCGAAAUCUAGGGUGGUGUAUGGGAGGAAUCCUCCGGACUUCUCAGAGAUCGAUCUGAUCAACCUAUGA